UCGCACUCCUCACGACCUCAUCGUCUCGGCACCAUGGCGUCUGGCUGCGGCUACACCGGUGUAAUCACCAUCGAUGUCCACGAGGCGCGUAACCUCCUCUCCGGCGACGUGACCAUGUCGUCCGACCCUUACGUCGUCAUCCGGGUCGGCGACCAAAAGGUCGAGACCGACGUGGUGCGGAUGAGCAAAUCGCCGACGUGGAACGCGCACUUUGAGCUCCACGCCUCCAACGAUGGCCUCCUGCGGUUCGAGGUGUGGGACAAGGACACGGCGACCAGCGACGAUGCACUCGGCCUGCUCGACAUCCCGCUCUCGCAGCACAUGUCGAACCAGGACGGCUGGUGCCGCCUUGACCGCCAUCCCAAGCUCGACGCUGCCAACAUCCCGGCCCGCAUCAAGCACCUUGCGGGUGCCAUCAUGGACGGCGAGAUGGUCUACGGCGACAUCCGCCUCACCAUUGCCUUUGACGGCGCCCAUGGCCCUACCGUGCCUAUCACAGGCGGAGGUGGUGGUGCUGGCCGCGGCUCGAGCGGUGGCGACUACUUUGGCGGCGGCGGCAGUGGCGAGUCUGGCCCUGGAUCGGGCUCGGGAUCGUACUCGUACUCGAGCGAGAGCGCCAACGGCUCCAAGCGCCGCGGUCGCCGCAAGCGCGGCGGUGGGCGUGGGCGUGGGCGCGGGCGCGGCAAGGGCAAGAACGGCAAGAGGGGCUCUGGCUCUAACUCCAGCUCCGGAUCCGGCUCAUCGUGACCUCCCCCGCGCACCUCCGUACCCUUGCCGCUUUCUCCUCUUUUCUAUCUCCAAAAAUAUACCCACUCGCCAUGCCC